UUGGAAGAAUCAGGUGGGGAGAAGGAAGCCAUGUUCUUUUACUCUCAGUAACGGCAGAAUAAGAGAGAAGAGAAGGGGGUGGAGUGGGAAUAAAACCCUUUCCUAAAAUACACUUCAGUUUCCUUCCUCCCCCUCUCAUCAGCUCCUCUUAAGACCCGUUAUCAAAAUAACCACCACCAGCUAGGGUUUCCUUUUCUUCUUCCUCUCCCAGCUGUCCGUACACCAAAACAAUAAUCUUCCAUCUCUCUCUCUCUCUCUCUCUCUCUCUUUGUGAAUACAUCUCCAACAAGGAAGAAGAUGAGCAGCCAGACAUCUCAUCCUCCUAUUAGGAGUAGAAACCAUCUCAAUACGAGGCGUGGCCCAGGGGCGGCGAAGAAAUCCACUCCGUCCGAGAACGGUGCCAGCAACGGGAAUGCUACCAAGCCCUCAUCGCCUCGCCAGUCGUUGUCUGUUGGAGGCGAGAGGACGGUGAAGAAGUUGAGGCUGUCGAAGGCGCUGACGAUUCCGGAAGGGACGACUGUUUCAGAUGCAUGCCGGCGGAUGGCAGCCCGCCGUGUCGAUGCUGUGCUACUCACGGAUGCGAAUGCGCUGCUGUCGGGGAUUGUUACUGACAAGGAUAUUGCAACUAGAGUGAUAGCAGAGGGACUAAGGCCGGAGCAGACUGUUAUCUCGAAGAUCAUGACAAGGAAUCCGGUGUUCGUCACGGCAGAUUCUCUGGCCAUCGAUGCCUUGCAGAAGAUGGUCGAAGGGAAAUUUAGGCACCUUCCUGUUGUAGAAAAUGGUGAAGUUAUUGCUUUAUUGGAUAUUACAAAGUGCCUCUAUGAUGCCAUAUCAAGAAUGGAGAAGGCUGCUGAGCAGGGUAGUGCCAUUGCAGCUGCUGUAGAGGGUGUUGAACGUCAGUGGGGAAACAACUUUUCUGCUCCUUAUGCUUUCAUAGAAACUCUUCGGGAGAGAAUGUUUAAGCCUUCCUUGUCAACAAUCAUCACUGAAAACACCAAAGUUGCAACGGUAUCACCAUCAGAUCCUGUCUAUGUUGCUACGAAGAAGAUGCGUGAAUUACGAGUUAAUUCAGUGAUUAUUGUAACGGGAAACAAACCUCAAGGGAUUCUUACUUCCAAAGAUGUUCUCAUGCGAGUGGUGUCUCAAAAUCUUUCCCCUGAAUUGACGCUGGUGGAAAAGGUGAUGACAGCAAACCCAGAAUGUGCGACAUUGGACACGACGAUUCUUGAUGCCUUACACAUGAUGCAUGAUGGGAAGUUUUUACAUCUCCCUGUUCUGGAUAGGGAUGGAUGCAUUGCUGCUUGUGUGGAUGUAUUGCAAAUAACUCAUGCAGCAAUUUCCAUGGCUGAAGGAGGCUCUGGUGCUGCAAAUGAUGUGGCAAGCACAAUGAUGCAGAAGUUUUGGGACUCUGCUCUUGCCCUAGAGCCACCAGAUGAUGAAUAUGACACCCAUAGUGAACUAUCUGCAUUAAUGACAUCAGAAGCUGGAGAACUGGGGAAGUAUCCAUCUUUGGGUCUUGGGAACUCAUUUUCCUUUAAAUUUGAGGAUCGUAAAGGACGUGUACAUCGAUUCAAUUGUGGUACCGAGAAUUUGGUUGAACUUGUAUCUGCUGUCAUGCAGAGAUUAGGACCUGACAGUGAUCGAGGUCAUCCUCAGAUUUUGUAUGAAGAUGAUGAAGGAGACAAAGUUCUAAUUGCCAAUGAUAGUGAUCUUGUGGGAGCAGUGAGCCAUGCAAGAUCAGCUGGAUGGAAGGUUCUGAGGUUGCACCUUGACUACUCAGAUUUGAAAGAGGAAACAACACAUCCACCAUCUGAUCCUUCAACCACACAAAGAAGCGCAUUGAUUUCUCUCCGUUCUGGGGUCUUGAUGGGUGUGGUGAUUGUAACAGGCAUCGGGAUAAUGGUUUACUUGAAGCGAUCCAAGUCAUGAAAUUUUCCAUAGAUCAACAGAAUGAAAACCGUUGCAAGAUCCCUUCAGUUCUACCAUCUGCACGGGGUAGGGAGCUGACAAUGUAAGUAUGCAACCACUCCCUUUAUCCAAGGAUUUUACUUGAAAAAAAAAAAACUAAAGAGUUCACCCCAGUUUCAGUCACAGAGCAUUCAAGGUGGAACUGAUACAUGAGAAUGAAAGAGACGGUGGCUAUAGAGUAGGAAUUUACAAUCUUUUGUCAGUGCUUAUGAUAUGUAUGUUACACAACUAACAAUCUCUCACAAACCAAAAACAUAUAGUCAGCUGGGAGUAAGAAGCUACUUGCUACAACGGUUGCUUUUGUUCUCGCCAAAUGGGCAUCUUAUGAGGUUAUAACAUAUACUCCCCUUUUUUGGUA